AUGAAAUAAAAUAUGUUUAAUAGCAUUAUUUUGCAAUUUUUUGCAAAACACAAAUUUAAAGAUUAGAUUUUUUUAUUUUAUUAAAAACAAUGCUUGCAUUUUAGCUUGCAUUUUUCGUCCUUUAUAUGUGAAAUGGUGGUCACAGCAUUGAUAGACAUAUUAAUUACGGUGUCUGUUGCUGAUUCAUUUGAGUUUCAGUUCGUUGAUUAUUUCGUUAAACUAAAUGAAGCUUGGAGUGUGAACUGCAGCACUCCCUAUCCCGAUAAGUGGGCUGAUUGGGUUUUCUCGAGUGCCGAUUCCGAAUACGAUAGCUAUAUAUUUAUGGAUGGGAAGUUCAUUCAGUCCAUGGAGGACAGAUACGAGAUGAGUGUAUCAGACGAUGGCAGAAGAAGCAGCCUGUCGGUGCAGCACAUGACGAAACAACACGCAGGAUUGUAUAGUUGCUGGCCGGAUGCAACAACAUUUGAUCACCGGCAACAUUACAAAGUCAUCGUCUUGGAUGAUCUUUCAAUAGACUUCACCAAGAGCGAUGGUGAAAGCAUAUCACUGAACAUGAGUGUAUCUUAUUUUGGAUAUAAACAAGAAGAUCCCACCUUCAAAUGCACGUUCGGUUAUGGGGAAAAAAUUAUGAAUAUCAAAUCGUGCAAAGUAAAAGAUAAUGAUUUUUCGAAUUGUCGUUUCGAAUUCCUAUAUGAUCUCGAUGAGGAAAUUCCUAUAAAAUGUGGGGUUUAUUUUGGAAACCAUUCUAUAAAUGGUGUUUAUUUAACUCUCAGUCCAGAAACUGAAGUAUAUUUCGUGCACAAAGAAACAACUUGGCAGGUGAGUUGUACUACCGCCUCGUCCCAUCCAAUGAAAUGGUUGUUCACGAACUUCAAAGUUCCAAACACGACCAUUGCCCUUUAUCAAAAGUGGAUUCAAAAUGCUUCUUAUGCUGAUAGAUACAGUUUCAAAGUAUCAGAGAAUAGGAGUACUUACACAAUGUCGAUAGGACACGUUGAUUUGAACCAUGCAGGCACGUACAUCUGUACUCACAAGUCUUCUGGCCACCUCGUCGAAAGAUGUAUCCAACUCAAUGUCAUCGAUGAAACGUCAAUAGAUGUCUUUGGCGACCCGAUGAAAUUAAUUAUGUUGAGUUCUCAUGCUGGCAGUAACGUGUCUGUACCGACAUUCUCGUGCGAGUUUGAUGGCGGAAUGGUGGCGGUGAUGGAAAAUAUGGAAUGUAAAGUUACGAAGCAGAACUCCACGAGAUGUCAUUUGGUGCAAGAAUAUGGUGAUGGACAGAAGCAUCCGAAAGAAUGUUACAUCAAGUUUAACGAUCAAUUGCUACUUAAAGGAGUUUGUUUGAAUGGGCGAGUGCCCGGCAUGGGUAUGGGGGGGGUUGAUACAAAAUAAGAAAUAGAUAGUACACAGGUCACUGUUUAUAUCUUGCCCCUGACUACUUGUACAUAAGACCUUACUAAUUGUAUAUUUACUUACAUCUUUUUAUCAUCUUGAUGAAGUU